AUGCCGGUCAAGGGGGUGAGCCUUUGCCCCGUAGGUGCUGCCUCCAGGGUGGCGACAAAAGCAGGGGCCUGCGCACUUAUGCAAUCUCUCAACUCGGCGCGGCUGGCAGCUCAGGCAUUCCCUGUGCGCCUGGGUCCCGGGAAGGUGCCGAGUUUCCCCACCCCCCGAACGCCAGGCGGCGCGCAGAAGGGAGGUCGGCUUGCAGACACCUCCGCACCGCGGAGCCACGCGUUUGCGAUCCCAGAGGAGAAAGGAAGACAGAGGAAGCCACGGCCCCUGGACCCCGGCGAGGGCUCCAAGGACACAGACAGCUCGGCGGGGCGGCGGGGCAGCGCCGGCAGAAGGCAUGGGCGCUGGCGGGGCCGUGCCGAGAGCCCAGGUGUGCCCGUGGCCAAAGUGGUGCGGGCAGUUACCAGCCGGCACAGAGCUAGCCGGAGGGUCCCUCCCGCCCCGCCCCCCGAGGCCCCUGGCCGCCAGAACCUGAGUGGGGCAGCAGCGGGGGAGGCGCUGGUCGGGGCAGCUGGCUUCCCCCCACAUGGAGACACAGGGAGUGUGGAGGGCGCCCCCCAGCCCACGGACAAUGGCUUCACCCCGAAGUGCGAGAUUUUGGGCAAGGACGCGCUGUCCGCACUGGCCCGGGCCAGCUCCAAGCAGUGCCAGCAAGAGAUCGCCAAUGUGGUGUGCCAGCACCAGGCCGGGAGCCUCAUGCCCAAGGUUGUGCCCCGGCACUGCCAACUGGCUGGGAAGGUGAACCCCGGCCUCCAGUGGGAGGAGGCCCGGGCCCAGCAGCCCGUGGAGGGCCCCCCGGUACGAAUCGCCUACAUGCUGGUGGUGCACGGCCGCGCCAUCCGCCAGCUGAAGCGUCUCCUCAAGGCCGUCUACCACGAGCAGCACUUCUUUUAUAUCCACGUGGACAAGCGCUCGAACUACCUGCACCGGGAGGUGGUGGAGCUGGCCCGGCAGUAUGAUAAUAUCCGCGUGACGCCCUGGCGCAUGGUCACCAUCUGGGGCGGGGCCAGCCUGCUGAGGAUGUAUCUGCGGAGCAUGCAGGACCUGCUGGAGGUGCCUGGCUGGGCCUGGGACUUCUUCAUCAACCUCAGUGCCACCGACUACCCAACCAGGACCAACGAGGAGCUGGUGGCUUUCCUGUCCAAGAACCGGGACAAGAAUUUCCUCAAGUCACAUGGCAGGGACAACUCCAGGUUCAUCAAGAAACAGGGCCUGGACCGGCUCUUCCAUGAAUGUGACUCGCACAUGUGGCGCCUGGGCGAACGGCAGAUCCCGGCGGGCAUCGUGGUGGACGGCGGCUCCGACUGGUUCGUGCUGACGCGCAGUUUCGUGGAGUACGUGGUGUACACGGACGACCCGCUCGUGGCCCAGCUGCGGCAUUUCUACACCUACACGCUGCUCCCGGCCGAGUCCUUCUUCCACACGGUGCUGGAGAACAGCCCGGCCUGCGAGAGCCUCGUGGACAACAACCUGCGGGUCACCAACUGGAACCGCAAGCUGGGCUGCAAGUGCCAGUACAAGCACAUCGUGGACUGGUGCGGCUGCUCCCCCAACGACUUCAAGCCGCAGGACUUCCUCCGGCUGCAGCAAGUCUCUAGGCCCACCUUCUUCGCCCGGAAGUUUGAGUCCACUGUGAAUCAGGAGGUCCUGGAAAUUCUGGACUUCCACCUGUAUGGCAGCUACCCGCCCGGCACGCCCGCCCUCAAGGCCUACUGGGAGAACACCUAUGACGCGGCCGAUGGCCCCAGCGGGCUCAGUGAUGUCAUGCUCACCGCUUACACCGCCUUUGUCCGCCUCAGCCUACGCCAUGCCGUCACUACUGCGCCCGCGCCGGCCACCCCUCUCUGCAGGUUUGAGCCCAGGGGCUUGCCGUCCAGCGUGCACCUGUAUUUCUAUGACGACCAUUUCCAGGGCUACCUGGUGACGCAGGAGGUGCAGUCCUCAGCGGAGGGGCCGGCAGAGACGCUUGAGAUGUGGCUGAUGCCCCAGGGGUCGCUGAAGCUGUUGGGGCGCAGUGACCAGGCCAGCCGGCUCCAGAGUUUGGAGGUUGGGACCGAGUGGGACCCCAAAGAGCGUCUUUUCCGGAACUUCGGGGGGUUGCUGGGACCAUUGGAUGAGCCUGUGGCCAUGCAGCGCUGGGCCCGGGGCCCCAACCUCACCGCCACCGUGGUGUGGAUCGACCCCACCUACGUGGUGGCCACGUCUUACGACAUCAUGGUCGACGCAGAGACCGAGGUCACUCAGUACAAGCCCCCACUGAGCCGGCCCCUGCGGCCGGGGGCCUGGACGGUUCGACUGCUUCAGUUUUGGGAACCCGUAGGGGAGACCCGCUUCCUCGUGCUGCCCUUGACCUUCAACCGCAAACUACCUCUCAGGAAAGAUGAAGCCAGCUGGCUGCAUGCCGGGCCCCCCCACAACGAGUACAUGGAGCAGAGUUUCCAGGGCCUGAGUGGCAUCCUGAGCCUGCCUCAGCCGGAGCCCGCCGAGGAGGCCGCCCGGCGGCACGCCUUGCUCACAGGCCCGGCGCUCGAGGCCUGGACAGAUGGGGAACUGAGCGGCUUCUGGUCUGUGGCUGGACUGUGCGCCACGGGCCCCUCCGCCUGCCCCUCCCUGGAGCUCUGCAGACGGACCAGCUGGAGCUCUCUGUUCCCCGACCCCAAAUCGGAGCUGGGGCCUGUCAAAGCCGACGGGCGACUCAGGUAGCAGGGCCCAGCCAGCACCUCCAGAACACCGGGGAAUUGCACCUUACAGACAACGGAGGGCUGUCCCCCCACACGCAAGGACCAGAGGCCCAGGCAACACACCCGUGACAGCCAUCAAGAACCCGCAAGGAAGAUGGGCGUAGUCCUUACUACUGCUGAUGGCUCUGCUGGGGACCCGCGGGUGGCAGCAAUGUGGGGAGAAGGGCUCCAGUUUCCACGCCCCACGCUUCCGAUCCUUCUCCACUAGUUUUUGUUUUUUUUUUUUUAAAGGAAAAUGGGUGGUGGGGGAGGAACUGGAAACAAAAGAUGUGCAAUAGGGCUCAGAGGAGCCCCAGGAAGUGGGCCAUGGCUCUGGGGAGCAGGGCCUGAUGAGCCCAUCUGCUGUUGCUCUGGGGGUGGGGCCUGCCUCCCUCUCCAGGGCCUCGCCCCCAGCCUGGGCCUUGGCGCUCAUGGCUGAGGCUCUGUAAGUGCCAUCCCAGGCCCUGAGGACCUGAGAACAGGUGAUUUGGGGGAGCACUGCAGAGCUGGACUCGAGUGGGACAGCCUCUCCUCUCGUGGCCAGGGGACCGCAGUGAGGGGAUGGGGCAGGCUCUAGGGCUUCCCGGCAUGCCCUGCUCCUUGAUGGGAAAGGCAAGACACCAGGGCCUACUGAGACCAGUGCAGUCUCCCAGGCACCCAGAACUGCAAGCAGGGCCGGGGCUCCUGCCUGUGGGGCGAGCCCUCGCGAGCAGCGUGGGAAGAACUCUCGGCCAGGCCUCUCAGAAGAGCCUGGAGCAGCAUUGUGCCUGAAGCUCAGUGUGGAGUCUGAUAUAUGCAACAGAAGAAAUAUAUCUCUAUCUCUCUAA